AUGUCCAACACAACGAUAAAGCAGUAUCGUUACUAUAAUAGGGAGGAAAUUCAGCCGGGCUACCCACAGAAAACAGAACCGACGGCUUGGAUUUAUCAGGGUCGCUCCUCGCAUGCAUUCCAGGAAGACACAUCUUAUCUGGGGCCUUUUAACGGGCAUGUCAACGGUGCUCUUGUAAUGAAGGAGCUAGAGAAUCUAGAAUACAAGAACCGAACUUCAAUUAAUGCUUCAGUGAUGCCGAGGAAGCUUCGUUCAAACGAUUUUCCGGAGCCUUCUGGAGACGCUGCGUCAAGCACAAGAGUUAUCCAGCGGUGGAUGUCCCACGUGUUAUUAACCACCACUGUCAACACCACCGUUACCGCAGUGAACCCAAACUUGCCUGGUACGGUGUGGUUCGCACCUACAGGUCAUUUUAUCAACAACAUGAUGCUCAAACUAUCCAGCUUUUCAGACCUUCUGCCUGGGUAUCCAAAGCUAGCUUUCACGGAUGAAAACUACCAAAAGGCGAUUGAUGAACUUAGGCUGCAUCUUAUACAAGAGAACAUGACCGAUCAAGCUAUCCCGAGAUAUGAAAAUUUUGUUGCAACGGCAGGUACCCUUGGUGGCGGGAAGGAAACCGGCGAGCACGAGCAGCUGCAGCUCAGUUUUGUUGCUAUGAAAAGAGGAGAAGGUUUACUAUUCGUGGCCCUAUAG